AUGAAUCACGAUCCUUUACAUUGGGGAAGACCCUCGGAGAGAGAAUAUGGUUCUUACGAUUAUGAGAUUGCAAAUGCUUCCAAUGUGGCACCUGAGGCAACGAAGAACAGUCAGAAUGAGUUCCCUACAAUGCACACUCAGCAACCCAUGAUAACAGGAGCAUCUGUUGUUGCAGUGAAAUUCAACGAUGGUGUAGUUAUGGCUACGGAUAAGCUUGGUUCUUAUGGAUCGUUGCUCAGAUUGGACAAUUUGGAAAGAAUGGUUCAAGUGGGAGAUUCUACAGUGGUGGGGGUGUCAGGAGAUAUCAGUGAUUUCCAACAUUUGGAACGAUUACUAGACGGAUUAGUCGUUGAGGACAAUUAUGAUAUGGAACAAAGCAAUUUGAAAGCAUCGCAUGUGCACGAAUACCUUAGAAGGGUUUUCUAUAACAGGCGAUCGAAGAUGAAUCCUCUUUGGAAUGCUUGUGUUGUUGCUGGAUUCGACGAGGACGGUGAGAUCUUGUUGAAGUAUGUGAAUCUUUUAGGUGUUUCAUACUCUUCACCUUCUAUAGCGACAGGAUUUGGUGCUUAUAUGGGAGUUCCUUUACUAAGGCAGAGAGUUGAUUCUGAGGAAGACGUCAAAAAUCUUAAUAAGGAGGAUGCUAUUAAAUUAAUCAAGGACUGUAUGAAGGUUCUCUUUUACAGAGAUGCUAGAUCUUGGGAUAAGUAUGAUCUUUGUGUGAUCACCAAAUCCGACAAGAAAAUCGAGUUCCAGAAAGGUCUUCAGUUGGAAGGACUUAAAUGGAAGUUUGCCAAGGAUAUUAGCGGUUAUGGAUUACCUCAAAAGUGA